CUUCCCUCCCAACAAACGAAUCCCACACGCGAAGAGAGAGAGAGAGAGAGAGGAAAUCCACAGCGAGAAGCGAAGAGAGAACGCGAUGGCUGCAACGGUGUCUCCGUGGGCCAAGCCUGGUGCGUGGGCCUUGGAGGCCGAGCAACAGGAGGAGAAGGUCCAACAACAACAAUCAAACUCUGGGAUUCCCGGCGAGCCGCUCGCGGACUUCCCGUCCCUAGCCGUGGCCGCCGCCAAGCCGAAGAAGAAGAAGGGCCAAACCCUCUCGCUUGCGGAGUUCACCGCCGCCAAGCCGACUCAGACGACCUACCAACGUCCGGAAAAGCCUCAGGGCCUCACUACUCAAGAGCUCCUGGCUCUCCCCACCGGCCCGCGCGAGCGCUCAGCUGAGGAGCUGGAACGCGACCGCGGCCGAAUCGGCGGCGGAUUCAAAUCCUACGGCUCUAACGGCAGCGAGUCCUCGAAUUCUCGCUGGGGGUCCUCUAGGGUUUCCGAUGAGCCCCGCCGAAACGGUGGUUUUAAUAGGGAGAAAGAAUCGGGGCCUUCUCGGGCCGAUGAGACCGACGAUUGGGGCGCGGCGAAGAAGUCGACGGUCGGAAACAAUGGAUUCGAUCGGAGGGAGCGAGAGAGAGGUGGAGGAGGGUUUUUCAAUUCGCAGUCUCGGGCCGAUGAUUCUGACAAUUGGGGAGCGAGCAAGGCCAUUGUGCCGCCGACGGAGGGGCGGAGAUCCAACGGCGGGGAGAGGAAGGUAGGGUUCGCCUCGAGCGGCGGUGCUGAUGCGGAGAAUUGGCUGAGGAUGAAGAAGGAGGAGAGCACAGGGACAGAGAGGCCUAGGCUGAAUUUGCAGCCUAGGACGCUGCCUGUGAGCGAAGGGAAGCAGGAGGGGCCGGUGACGCCAUCGAAGCCCGCCUCGCGGGGCUCCAAUCCAUUUGGCGAGGCUAGGCCGAGAGAGGAUGUGCUGGCGGAGAAAGGGCAGGAUCCUAGGAAGAUUGAUGAGCAGCUGGAGGCGAUGAAGAUCAAGGAGGCUGCGCAGAUGAAGGGGGACGGAUUCGGGAAGAAAGGUUUUGGCCUUGGAAACAGCUGGUCGGCAUCGGUGGCAGAGGAUAAUCGGAGUUGGAGGAAGCCAGAAGCGGUGGAAUCUCAGCCUGAGAGUGCUGAGGAAACUGAGAAUGGUCUUGGUGAAGAAAAAUGAGGAGAGCUUACUAUGCUGGGGGGUUGGCAGAGACGCUGAAAGUGCUAGAAGCUAUUGGUUAAUGAGAGGCUUGUUUUCUUAGUCUUUUUUUUUUAUAAAAUUAUUCUCUUUUACUUUUUUAUUUUUUGGGUGUUAUGCCCUGAAUGUUGCUACUUUUGAACACAGUUUGGAGACAAUUUUGGUAGGGUUUAAGGUAGUGAACUAGUGUGGCCUUGCAACUCACAAUCGUUUGUGUACUCUCAUUAUUGUUUACAAUAUUUGAAUUUUGUUCUCCUCUAUUAACCGCAUUGUGCGGAUUUUGGAUGUU